AUGGGGGAUAGCUUGUCACCCAAGAAUGUCUCCGGGACGGCCUCACACAGAAAAGCAAACGCUCUACCAACUGCUAGCGCAGGAAACAAAAAACGGUCCCACGACGCCAUUACAACAGACUCGCCUAUUACCCCACUGAAGUCUUCUAUUAGAAAUGCUCCAGGUGAGCCACUCAGCAAAAAGACACGAGUCGAUCAUGGAAAUGAAGUCAAACUUGUUUUCAUGCGCACGUGCUCGAACAGACUCGAGCGACAUCAGGCACAGAUCGGGCACUUCGGAGGCCCCGAGUACUCGAAAGAUCUGGACCUCUUUGUACUCAAGAAUUACCUAUCUGUCUUGAAAAGUGUCAGUCUCUUUACCUACAAUAAACGUUUUGACCAAGUGGAAGCUGCUCGUAUCUAUUGGGCCACUCAGAAGGAAAGGUUUGGGGACAAAUUCCGCGGUGACGUUUACAAGCAGGUCUCAGAGGUCAUCCUCGAUGCCGUGCUUGCAUUCUUCAAUUGCGAAAUCCUGAUCAUGCUUCACCCGCACCUCGUAGGCAACACUCACAUGCAAUCCGUCCUUCAUAGGCUCGACCUACCCCUUGAUGGUCUCAGGAGGUGUAAGGCCAACAGCAGGGAUGCAAAUCAGGUGAUUGCUAUCAACGAUCUCCUACGUUGGCUUGGUCAGCCCCAAAAGACGUAUCCCGCUUCUCAAAUUGGAUACAACGGCACGUCGAUUCGAAGCGAGCACGAUCCAGCAAUGGGGGCUGGGGUUUAUCCCAGAGACCUAUGGCGCACCGAGCUACCUACAUACCGUGAUGAGUUGCCGCGACAUGGACAGCAAUCCAUCAACAGCGUGGACAUCCUUAACGCACUGAAGAUUGAUCAGCUAAGAGACACAUUGGACUCCAUAAAAUCACAGUUGUCAAAGAAAUCUUCUGGCCAGAUCCCGGCGGCUCAGACGCGGAAAGCUUCCAAGACCGGCAACACUACCGCACCGCAUGUCGACAAAACACCGGAAGGCAGCGCAGGGACCCCAGAAGAACAGGCGGACAUGAUGCGGGAUGCCGUAGCACAAGCCCGAGCAGAACCGCAACGGGUAGCAGAUGAAAGCGCCAAGAACCAGACACAAAAGAGAAUAGACGAUUUCGCCCGCAUGGAAAGGCAUGGGCGUGCCUAUGAGAUCAUCAUCGACGAGUUAAUCGACACCGCAAACGGUGGCGCGCCGCCCAUGCACUUGAAGGAACUCAAGAUGCCCGACGUGAACGCCUGCUACUACCGCCUCCGUGAGCUAUGGGCCCGGCUCGAGAACCUCAUGUGCAAUACAUCCUGCGUAACAGAGCUGUGCAACAAUUUCGACAAGCAGUCCAAGUUCGCGAUAUGCAUGCGCGAAGCCCACUGUCUGUUUCGCGUCGUAUACUACUAUGGAGGUGAAUGUGAUGAUGUGCUCGCGACGGGCUGGGACCUACGGGGUGUACGCUGGAUACAGAAUGCUAUCGUGGACUUUGUCCACGAGGAUCCGUUGAAACAGUCAAAGAACGACGUGGACGCAAUCUGUUCCCUGUUGCAGCACGUCUAUGAUGUCAAGGCUCAGACUGUGAACGCAGGGAACGUAUCGUUUGCGAGGCUGAUGGGUGCUAGCCAACCUGCUGCACCCACCGAUGACAAAAAGCCUGCGAAUGAUAUCCAGAUGACUGAUGAAGCCGAGGCUACCAAUGACAAGCCACUCGUUGCCACCGAGGCCAACAAAGAUGAGCUCAAGUUCGAGGAUGACAGACAGCCGGGAGAGAUGGUGGUAAAACGAGUCUUCAUCAAGCAGAAAACACCCCAACCAGCAAACGCGCCCAAACAAGACCAACAAGGCCAAGCAAGCGUCGAUGCAAUGGACACAAGCACCGGCGUAGGACAGGCGCAACUAGACCCCCACGACCGCAAAAACUACUGCAACAACUGGGCUAAAGGCAGAUGCAACAGUUCGGCCUGUCACCGCUUCCACAGCCACUUCCAACCCACCCCGACCCCAAACCCUCCCGCCCAGCAACCUGCCCAGCAGCCCGCUCAACUCCCAGCCCCCGCGCCCGUUGCUCGCUGCCGCUUCUUCGCCGCAGGCAACUGCCGCCUCGGCAACAACUGCCCAUACAGCCACACGCAGGCACCUAACAACUUCACCGCGACUGCGCAGCAGGCGGCGCGGCCCAACCUGCAGCAGAAUCCUCGUCGGAAUAAUCAGGGCAGGCGGCGCCGAUGA